AUGAAAUACAAAGAUGUCUAUAGUAAAAAGAAACCAGUAUACUUAGCUGUUAAUAAAGGUAAAAGCAUUGGCGCAGUUAAAAGCGAACUAAUAACAGAACUUACUAAUACUAAUAUUACGACAUAUUAUAAAAUUCUUGCAUUCUUAUUGGUCAACUUGGCUCCAAGUCAGCUCUGA